AUGGCAGCCGAGCUUCACAUUAAGCAUGGUGAUGAAGCAGUAAACAAAAAAGACUUUGCAUGUGCCAUUGCACAUUACAACGCUGCUUUAAAAGAGAAUCCAGAAGCAUUUCUUGGAUACAUCAAGCGCUCUGGCGCUUACCUCAAGCUCAGCGACUACAGCAAUGCGAGGAAAGACAUUGAGAGGGCCAAAGAAAUAGCAAGGAAAAGAGGCAAGCGUGACGACCAAGGGUUAUGCUUCUAUAAAGACGGCUUGAUCAAUUAUGCAGAGAAGCAGUACGUGCAAGCACUCGAAAGCUUCAGACAAGCUAAGGCAUCUCUGUGCAGCGAGCCAGCAUUGGAUAUUUGGAUCGCAAAAGCGGAGCGGGACUUGAGAAGAGUAGAUGCAGAGGUGAAGCCAAAAGUCACUAAGGUUCCUGAGGAGCACAAACUGACCAGUGUGGAUGCAAUCAAUAAGCAUGCUCCCCUCAAAGCGAAGAUCAGAGACGACUGGUAUCAGAGUAAUGAGACGGUGACGGUGACAAUUUACGCUAAAAACGUCAAGGAAGAGACGUUGAGCGUGAAAUUUGAGAAGAGGUCGGUGUCAAUCUCAUUCCCUAGUGCUGAUAGCUCGGAGUACAACUACAACCUUGAUCCAUUGUACGGAGAGAUUGACUGCGAAAAAUCCACGUACAAAAUUUAUAGUACCAAGUUGGAGAUUACACUUCAAAAGAUGAUAAAGGGGAAGUGGGCGCAAUUGGAAGGGCAUGGAGAGAUCAAGCCCGUGAAGGAAGAAGAGUCAAGGGCGCCUCUAGCGUACCCUACUUCAUCACGUAAAGCCGUGAACUGGUCAAAUUUCAACGUGCCCGAGGAGGAAGAAGAGGAGCAGGACUUUUUUGCCAAAUUGUACAGAGAUGUGGAAGAUGAUACGAGGAGAGCGAUGAUGAAGUCCUAUGUGGAAAGCAAUGGAACGGUUCUUACUACGAACUGGGCCGAAGCCCAAACGAAGCAUUUCGAGACAAGUCCUCCAGAAGGCAUGGAAGCAAAGAAGUGGAACAGCUGA